CCGGGUCAACUUACUGUAGGGGGAAUUCGGUCUGGUAUCCCUGUUCAUCACACUUUCAAACUGUGCAGUACGAUUUGGUGUGAACUGUGCAAUAUAUUAACUGUGUAGAUACAGCACAUAUUAAGCAAUUCAUCGCGUUUACGCAAUAUUGGUUAUUUCGUUAGUGUCCCUUCGUUCAGCAAUGCUUCGUCUGUUCAGUCGUACUGUUCCCUCGCUAAGCAAAAUCCUACUUGCAAAAUUUUCAUCCAUACCGGCUCCAAAGACAUCGCCGGAAAUUCUCUACACGGGUAUCUUUAUCAAUAACGAGUGGCACAAAAGCAUCAGAGGAAAUAUCUUUCCUAGUUUGAAUCCCUCGAACGAGCAAGUCAUUGCACAAGUUCAACAAGGUGGCAAAGAAGAUGUUGAUUUAGCAGUGGCGGCCGCUCGAGAUGCUUUCGGGCUCGGAUCACCAUGGCGUCGAAUGGAUGCUUCAAAACGUGGUCAAUUGCUGUACAAACUGGCGGAUCUUUUGGAAAGGGAUCGCGUAUAUUUAGCGAGCUUGGAGACACUCGAUAACGGUAAGCCGUACUUUAUGUCGUACAAUGUAGACCUGCCAAUGGCCAUCAAUAACCUUCGUUAUUACGCUGGAUGGGCUGACAAGAAUCACGGAAAGGUUAUUCCUAUGGAUGGCGAAUUUUUUGCCUACACGCGGCACGAGCCGGUAGGUGUUUGCGCUCAAAUUAUUCCAUGGAAUUUUCCAAUUCUAAUGGCAGCUUGGAAGUUUGGACCAGCAUUGGCAACUGGAAACACUGUUGUGUUAAAACCGGCUGAGCAAACUAGCCUAACCGCACUCUAUAUGGCACAACUGACCAAAGAAGCAGGAUUUCCACCAGGUGUAGUCAAUGUUGUACCAGGGUAUGGUGAUGCAGGUGCUGCUCUAGUUGAGCACAAUGACGUGAAUAAAGUCGCAUUUACUGGUUCAACUGAAGUUGGCAAAAAAAUACAACAAGGUUCUGGGUGUAGCAAUUUGAAAAAAACAACAUUGGAACUUGGCGGUAAGAGUCCUAAUAUCAUUCUUGCCGACGCCGAUAUGAAGCACGCAGUCGAGACAUCACACUUUGGAUUAUUUUUCAAUAUGGGUCAAUGCUGCUGUGCCGGUUCUCGUACCUUUAUUGAGGAUAAGAUUUACGAUGAGUUUGUAGAACGUAGCGCUGAGCGUGCUAAAAAACGUACAGUUGGUAACCCUUUUGACCUGACAACUGAGCAUGGCCCUCAAGUAGAUAAGGCACAAUUCGAUAAGAUAUUAGAUUUGAUCGAUACAGGCAAAAAACAAGGUGCAAAAUUGGUUGCAGGCGGUUACCGAUAUGAAGGACUUCCAGGAUACUUCAUUCAACCGACUGUUUUUGCUGAUGUUGAAGAUAACAUGACGAUUGCUCGUGAGGAGAUAUUUGGACCAGUUCAGCAACUUAUUCGUUUCAAAUCUUUGGACGAAGUCAUUGAACGUGCGAAUGAUACCGAUUAUGGUCUAGCUGCUGCUGUGUUCUCUACUGAUAUUGACAAGGUAAAUUAUCUUGUUCAAGGGCUGCGUGCGGGUACUGUUUGGGUAAAUACGUACAAUGUUUUAUCGGCACAAACACCAUUUGGUGGAUACAAAAUGUCCGGACACGGCCGUGAAAACGGUGAAUAUGGUUUACAAGCAUAUACCGAGGUAAAAAGUGUUAUUACUCGAAUUCCUGUGAAAAAUUCAUAGAAGCGAGCGACGCGUCAAAUACGUUUCAUUAUACUGGGUGAAGGGUUCUAACGCUUGGUUUCUGUGAUGAGUUGCUUACAAAGCCUGUUAUUCGCACAAAUGUUUCAUAAGGCGAAGAAAAAUAAACGUGUAUACAUUGGA